GACACUUUUUUCCACCUGCUUAUCAAAUAGUUUCAUCGGUGAGAAACAGCAGCUGAUCAGUGAUGUGUUCAACAUGAAUAAGACAGGAAGGCAGAGUGGACACACUGCGGGAAGAUCUCCUUCAGAUCACUGCAGCAGAAACAUGACCAUGAAGCUGGUCUCAAUCGUCCUCGUCCUCCUGGCUCUGCUGUUGGACAGCGGCAUGUCUCUCGUCCUCCCAAUGGACUGCAGCGACAUCUACAACAACGACAACACCCGACCCAGUGGAGUUUACACAACCAUACUACCCCAUCGGAUCCACCUCGCUUACUGUGACAUGGACUCACUGGACGGACGGUGGACGGUGUUCCAGAGGAGGAUGGACGGCUCGGUGAACUUCUACCGGCCCUGGGAUCACUACAAGACGGGCUUUGGUAACGCCGCCGGAGAAUACUGGCUCGGUCUUGAGACUCUCUCCUACCUGACUCUGAGGAAGAAGUACGAGCUGCUGGUGGACAUGGAGGACUUUGAAGGUGUCAAAGUUUUCGCUCGGUACUCCUCGUUCUCCGUGGACCCAGAGUCCUUCGGGUUCACUUUGCAUGUUUCUGGAUUCACUGAUGGAGGGGCAGGUGAGGAACAGCAGGAAGUGCUUGAUGUCUUUCUGAUGUUCAGGAGACGCUCUCACACUUAGGACUGGCUUCAGACAUCAGAGAGAGAUAAGGGCAGA